AGCUUAUAUAUUAUAUCAUAAAACAAUUCAAAACAUAUACUUCAUUUCACACAGUGUAAAACUCUAAAACGGAUAGUUUGAGACAAUAAUAAUUAAAGUAUUCGUUUCAAAUAUUUACAUAAUAUGAAUUUAUUAGCAUAUUUUAGCCAUCUAUAGGAAACUAGAAUAAUGCACAUUCAUGUUAAGAGUAUCGUCAGCUUCUUAAGAGUAUUAAAUUAAGGGUUUCUCGUCAUACUAUAUCAUAAAUUCUAACUUAACCAGAUUUCAAGUAAUAAUAAGAUAGACUGUAACAUUCUGACAUUUUCUUGCUGCGUUUUGUUCAGCCAUCGAGACAUUCCUUAGACAUUGAACUCGUAUCCAAGAAACCUCGUAACCCGGUUAUGGAUCUUUCUAAUCUACUAGUAUAAAUUACUGGGUCGAUUUUCAUUGAAUGGGACAAUAGAGAUACUAUUGCAGUUAACAAAAAAAAAUAGAGAUACUAUUGCCAGUUCAUCUGUUUUAAAACUGAUAGAAAAACAAUAAAAACAUCAUUAUAAAAAGUAUUUAAUGAAAUCUAUCGCAUUAUUAUAGUUUAUGUAUUUAAAAUUAGUUUUAAAAUAAUUAGAUUUUUCCAAUUCUGGAUAUAAAAAUUAUGCAGAACGUAAUUUGAUCAUAUUUACAACAUUUAUCUCAUGAUCUGUCGUUCAAUACAUAAAAGACAAAAAGGGUCAUCUACUGACAGUGACAUGGAUAUGGGUCAGACAACGCAAAGACAGGUAACAUAGAGAAGUUGUGGCGAUGCAUCUAUUUGUGUCAAGGUCCAAAGACGGCCCAAAUCGAGUUGACACUCCACUGACGGAAACUUCGUUUCUACUAGGGCAUAAGUUGAAUCAUCUACAGAUUUGCUGAUGCUUGUUACAAUUACAUCACUCUGGAAUCUGGAUAGCAAGAAAAGGAAAACCUAUGAAAAUUUGUCAAACCAAUUAUAUUUAAAUAAUUAUUUCCUUAUUUAACAGAAAAUUUCAUUUAAACUUACCCGUGCACCCAAGAAGAUAAUUAUUUUGUUUAAAGACGUUCCAACUUAAAAGGUUUGCAUGUUUGAAUACUCAAUGGUUUUUUAAUCACUGAUCAUUGGGCAGAGAGAGUUCUAAAAGUUUCAUCUGUAAACUGAGAAGUCCCCCACUUGAAUUUUGUUUGUUCAGUUAUUUAUUUUCUGCUAUUCAUUUAACUAAAUUAUCUAGUUCCAAAUGAAAUACAAAUUUACAUCUUUUUUGAAUCGUUCAAUCUUUUGUCAAUUGUCCUAUAGUAUAUUAUAAACAUACACAGUUCUUAGGCACGUUGUGGUUGACAUUAACAGUCAAUAGUAACACGAUUCAUAGAUACUGCAUGCAACACGUUGCAAUUCUCCUCCAAUGUCUCAUCAACAAGUAAUAAAAAUUAUACCAUUGAACCUUACUUAUAUAUAAUUUCCUCAAUUAUUACAAUAUUUAAAUGAAUAAUUAACAAAUUAACUAUUCUUCUCCAUUGUCCCAUCAACAAGUAAUAAAAAAUUAUACCACUGAACCUUACUUAUAUACUUUCCUCAAUUAUUACAAUAUUUCAAUAAUAAUUAACGGAUUAACUGCAUCAGUACGUUUACACAGCAACAUCAUUUCCAACUCUCUCCGGUUCCGCAGGAGCCUCCAUGGAAGCCAUUAAUGUGCUUCAUCUGCUCCUUAUCUCUCAGUUUUUUGCUUUUCUUUUCGCGCAAGCAACAGAUAUAAUAACACCAAACCAGACUUUAAAAGAUGGAGACACUAUUGUUUCAAAAGAUGGGAGCUUCGAGCUCGGGUUUUUCUCUCCAGGAGGAUCAAGAAACCGUUAUCUAGGGAUUUGGUACAAGAAAGUCUCUCUACAGACAGUUGUUUGGGUCGCAAACAGAGAUUCUCCUCUCUACGACCUCUCAGGAGCCCUAAAAGUCAAUGGAAACGGGAGCUUAUGUCUCUUCAGUGGCAUGAACUCUCUCAUCUGGUCAUCAUUUUCUUUGAAGAAGAUCGAUGCAAGAUACCCUAUUGUACAGAUUCUUGAUACAGGUAACUUAGUUGUAAGAAGCUCAGGGGAUGAUCAAGAUUACAUAUGGCAGAGUUUAGAUUACCCAGGAGAUACGUUUCUUCCAGGAAUGAAAUAUGGUAUCGAUUUUCUAACCGGUUUUAACCGGUUCUUGACAUCUUGGAAAUCUCCAGACGAUCCAUCAACUGGUAACUAUACAAAUAAACUUGAUCCAAACGGUGUUCCGCAGUUUUUCUUGAAGAGAAACUCCGUUGAUGUCUUCAGGGCUGGUCCAUGGAAUGGUCUAAGAUUCACUGGUAUGCCUAACCUAAAACCUAACCCAAUUUAUCGGUAUGAGUUUGUGUUGACGGAGGAUGAAGCUUACUACACGUACAGGCUUGAGAACCCUUCAGUGAUCACAAGAAUGCAGUUGAAUCCUAGUGGAGCUUUGCAGCGUUACACUUGGGUGGAUAGUCAUUGGAACUUCUAUCUAUCAGCUGAAAUGGAUAGCUGUGAUCUCUACAAGUUGUGUGGCUCUUACGGAAGCUGUAACAUCAAUGACUCUCCAGCUUGUAGGUGUUUAAAAGGGUUUGUUCCUUAUUCUCCAAAGGCUUAUUCUGAUGGGGAUUGGUCUAAAGGGUGUGUUAGAAGAGUGAAAUUGAGUUGUGGUGAAGGAGAAGAAGAUUUUCUCAAGAUUUCAAAGUUGAAGUUACCUGAUACAAGAGCAUCGUGGUACGAUAAGAGCAUGGAUUUGAAUGAAUGCAAGAGGGAAUGCUUGAGAAACUGUUCUUGCUCAGCUUAUUCUCCUUUUGAUAUUAGAGAUGGAGGAAGAGGAUGUAUUAUAUGGUUUGGAGAUUUGCUUGAUAUAAGAGAGUAUGAUGAAAAUGGACAAGAUCUGUUUGUUAGGCUUGCUACUUCAGAAAUAGAUACUUUGCAGCGCGAUUUAGACCGUGUUUCCAGCAGGAGACAAGAGGAGGAAGAUCCUGAAUUACCAUUUCUUGAUCUUGAAGUGAUUUCAGAAGCUACAUGUGGAUUCUCUGAUGAGAAUAAGCUCGGACAAGGUGGGUUUGGACCUGUCUACAAGGGAACGUUGUCUACUGGAGAAGAAAUCGCGGUAAAGAGGCUUUCAAGAACGUCAAGACAAGGCAUAGAAGAGUUUAAAAACGAGAUCAAGCUAAUUGCAAAGCUACAACACCGCAACCUUGUCAAGAUACUUGGGUAUUGUGUGGAGGAAGAUGAAAGAAUGCUCAUCUACGAGUAUCAACGUAACAAAAGCUUGGACUCUUUCAUAUUCGAUAAAGAACGGCGCAAGGAACUUGAUUGGCCUAAACGUUUGGAAAUAAUCAAAGGGAUUGCUCGCGGGCUGAUGUAUCUCCAUCAAGAUUCAAGGCUUAGAAUCAUACACCGCGAUCUCAAAGCAAGCAAUGUUUUGCUUGAUUCCGAUAUGAAUCCUAAAAUAUCAGAUUUCGGAUUGGCUAGAACCUUGGGAGGAGAUGAAACUGAAGCAAACACAACUAGAGUGGUUGGAACAUAUGGAUAUAUGUCACCGGAGUAUCAAAUUGACGGGUAUUUCUCAUUAAAAUCCGAUGUAUUUAGCUUCGGAGUUUUGGUAUUGGAGAUAGUAUCAGGAAGAAGAAACCAUGGUUUCUGCAAUCAUGAACACAGGCUUAACCUUCUUGGACACGCUUGGAGGCAAUACAGAGAAGAGAAGGCAAGUGAGUUAAUCGAUGAAGCUUUCAAGGAAUCGUGUACAGAUAUUUCUGAAGUGUUGAGAGCAAUUCAUAUCGGUCUGUUAUGUGUACAACAAGAUCCUAUAGAUAGACCAAACAUGUCAAUGGUGGUUCUGAUGCUAAGUAGUGAAAUGUUGCUUCUUGAUCCCAAGGAACCUGGGUUUUACAACGAGCGAAAUCUCUUGUUUUCUGACACUACAUCGAUUAAUAUUGACGUUCCUUCCAAUAAUUUACAAACCAUGAGUGUAAUGGAGCCUAGAUAAACCUUGUAGUCGAUCUUUGUAUAUUCUAUAAUCUCUAACUAUUUUUAUGUAAAAAGAAAACUAUAUAUUGUUAUAAAAGUAGUUGAAGCCAUGAUCCAAAGUUUUCCUAUUGAUUUUAGGUGCUCGUUCUAUUGUAAUUUCCAAGUAUUUAUGGGGUGGACAGAGAGUUCGGCAAGUAAGAAGUUUUGCAAGAAUCUAAGAUCAGAUUCAUAUAGGUUUAGUGAUUAGAUGGCACAAACUGAUAUUUACCAAUUACCAUAAAAGUUCAAGACCUAAAAUUAGGCACAUGAGAACGUAACAGACAUAAUUAAGAUGAUUGUUGUAUCUAGUACUAAGAGAUCUCACCUAAUGCUUACACUUUAACGUGGAGAAUGUGAGAGAGACCUAAAAACGUGAAUGGCAAGAAGAGAAAGAAAACGUGGGAGAAAAAGAAAGAGAAAAAAACGUGGACAAAGAGGCCCAUGUUAUGAACUUACGAUAACAUACUAGGGGUGAGCGUUCGGAUGUAUCCGUUCGGGUUCGGAUCGGGUAUUUCGGAUUUUCGGGUAUUUCGGUAUAGGGAUAGAGAACCCGUUCGGAUAUUUCUGUACUUCGGAUAUUUUUAGUUCGGGUUCAGUUAUUUUGAAUCGGGUUCGGAUAUUUAGAUUUUAAGAAGAAAAAAAA